UUGUGUCUCUCCUCUUCCCUUCAGUUUAGCAUACAAUACCAGUUCUAUUCCGCGAAAACACACAGCCCACCCUUUCCUUCUGUAACCCACCUUCAGCCCCAGCAUCAGGCGACGAAAGAGAGCGAGCCGACGUCGACUGUAACACCGAGUCCACCACUUUAUUUUCUACUUAAUCGCCCGUCUUCUCGUCCUUCCAAACCCCCCAGCCAAAGCAGCUCCCCUCCCCCACCAUGGCCACCGCACAGGCAUCUUCCAACCGCGCAUCGCUGCUCUCCGGUCUCCGCACCGGUGGCGUGCGCUCUGCGACGAACCCAAUGGCGGUUCCGCAUACCGCUGCCCCGACCGGCUCGUUCAACAUCCCCCGCUUCGCAUCCGCCACUCAUGGCCCCGGUCUCCCCCACUUCCCCGAGGAGGACGACGAGCUCGCGGAUCUCGCCCAGCAGAGCCUGAACAUGCACCAGGCCGGCCAUGGCCGAUAUCCUGGUCACCAGGUCCCCAUGACGGCCGCCGUCGACGGUAGCUUCCACCAGCAGCAGGGGGUCCCCGCUGGGAACCCGUUCUCGCCCGCGGCGUUCGGGAACAACAGCAACAUGCAGGCACAGAUGCAGAUGCAGAUGAUGCAGAUGGAGAUUAUGCGCCUGCAGGCGCUUCAGGCACAGCAAUACCAGGCCAAGCUUCUCGCGCAGGCCCAGCGUCAGCAGCAGCAGCAGAACCAAGGUGCCCGUCGUGCCACUGCACCAUUCAACCCGCCGGCCACCGCUGGUCCCAUGACCACGUCCUUUGAUAUGCGUUCCGCGGCGAUGAACUCUCAGAUGCACCGUGCGAACCACGCCGACGCGCUCCGGGCCCAACUCGGCGUCGGCGUCCCCAGCGACGACCAGGUGCCCAUGACCGCCGCCCUUGGAGGACGCUUCGGGAGCCGCGCACCCACCGGCCGUACGAGCCCGGAGGACAACGGCCCAAGCCGCGUCAUCAGCGGCGGCACCUCCCUCGGUGGCAGCGCUGUCGCUCCGUCCAAGUCGGAUGCCGCGGUGUCCUGGCGUCGCAACAACAACUCGGUGCUCAGCGCCAACCGCAGCGCGUCCCCGAGUGUCAAGAUCACACCGCCCCCCGGCGAGCGCGUGUCGCCGCCCCCAGGCCUGAAGGAGAGCGUUCCUAAGGGGCGCCCGCAGCCUCUGACGUUCAAUGCCGCCGCCGCGCGCCCCGUCGCGGUCGUCGAUGACGGCGCGGAGGACACUUCUUCCGCAGGCUCUUCGCCGCGCUCGGCCACGUCGUCGCCCAUCACGCCCAACUCUGCCUCGCCGCCCCUCUCGCCGCGCGAAGAGGCGGCCAAGAAGCUGUACGAGGGCCUCGGGAUCGGUAGACCCGUCCCGCAGGGAGCCAUCGCCGUGCAGCAGCCGCAGCCCGUAGUGCAGAGGGUGGCGAGCAUGCCCGUCCGCCAGCCGCUCGGCCCUCCGUCGGGUGAGCUCGGCGCUCAGAACUUUGCGACGCGCGUGCGCAAGCAGGCGGUCAGCGGCCUCGGCGCGCUGCUCGCAGCGCGGGAACGCAGGGAGGCCGAGGCGUUCUGAGUCUGCGGCGAGGAGCCCAUUCAAACCCAUUGAGUCCCCCCAAUGCGAGGUCUGUCAACGUGUAGGAAUGACGCUCGCGAUGUCCUUCCCUUUUCCCCACCUUAUGAUUCCAUAUUUAUUCACUCGCGGUGGACGCUACCGACGGACAGUGGUUCCUCCCUGUACUUCGUGGUAGUCUGUCGCCCGUUCUUACAACUUGUGUCUAUAACCAUGUUAAACACUCCUU